CAAACGUGGCAAAAGUGCAAGGAAUUGUGGUACAAUGGAGCUAGAUUCUUUGUCAACUUGUGGAAUUAUUUUGAUUUCUUCAUGCUUUCUCUUUUCUGGAGUUUCAUCGCACUCCGAGUUAUGGUCUAUAUUCAGGCACUCGCAGACGAAAACGCAUCAUUCCACAUCGCACCGCGGUCGCAGGAUUUCAACGCGACCCUGUCCCCGCCAACAAGUGCCAGUUCCAUGGACGCCAGCGCCAUCAACGACAACGCUGUGGUCACCGAAACCCUGGACGGUAUCCAGGAUAAUCUGCAGGGUAUCCAUGAUCGUCUUGACCAGCUGACCAUUGGUCAAACCCAAAUCAAAUUCUUGUUUUCAGGGGAUGCGGGAGAGGGUUCAUCAAGCAGAAGACGGGGCAGUGGCGGGCUAACUAAGACUGACAUCACUGACAAUGAAGACUUUGAGAGGGCAAAUUGGGGUCCCUACGACCCAGUCCUGAUUGCAGAGGCUCUUUUCGCCAUAGCAAAGGUGUUGAGUUUUCUUCGACCUAUCUGUAUAACGGUAGUCAACCGUCAUGUAGGGCCUAUGCAGAUCUCUCUUGGUGGUAUGAUCAUUGAUAUCUGCAAGUUUCUUCUCAUUUUCUGUUUCGUUUGGUUCGCUUUCUCGCUUGGUAUGAACCAACUCUAUUGGUACUAUUCAGCCUUCAUUACAACUCAGCCGUUUGGAUCAUUAGGGGAAACGAUGGCCACGCUUUUCUGGGCUCUGUUCGGCCUCCCUGACAUGAAUAUCGUAAACCUGUCGAGCCAAGCAAACAUACCCCAUACCUUUACACAAACGGUGGGGAACUUCCUUUAUGCCACCUAUCACGUGAUAUCUAUCGUGGUGCUUCUGAACGUGCUUAUCGCUAUGAUGAGCAAUACGUAUACGCGUGUUGAGAUGGAUGCCGAUAUCGAGUGGAAAUUUUCGAGGUCUAAACUUUGGAUGAGCUAUUUCGACGAUCUCGGCACAGUGCCCCCACCGUUCAACAUCAUACCAACGCCAAAGGCCUUCUUUUAUUUCUUCCGCUGGUUAUUUUGUGAAGUUUGUUGCAGAGGGGAAAUGGCAAAAGCAUACAAGGAACGAUUGAAGAGCUUAGUAGAUGAACGUCAAUUGCGUUUCAAGGAAGUAUCGGACCAUCUGGUUAAAAGAUACCACUUCGAGAAACGUCACCAGGAGGACGAUGACGACCAGGCCAACAUCCUCAACGAGCUCAAGCAGGACAUCUCGGGUUUCAAGUUCGAGAUGUUCGAGGCCCUGGGUGAGAUGGACAAGAAGAUUCGGCAGGUGGAAGCCAAGGUGCACGACAAGGACUUGGAGGAUGAUGGCGCACUCGGUACAGGGAUGUUCCAGGCUCUCCGCGAUGCUAUGAAAGAACCCGAACGAAGGGACAGCAUGAUGUCACUGUCAUCGGGAUGCUCAGAAGCGAUGGUCGACAUGGCCCAGGCAAAAACCGAGAAGAAACCGAAAUGGCUGGACGAAGAUGAUAUGGAACUUCAACCGCUGGUCCCGCCUGUUGUGAACACGACGCGAGAGGAGGCUCCGACAUCCCCACCUAACGGCAUCCACGCCAACCAACUCCGCUUCAUUGACGAGGAUGAUGCGCUAGGAACACACAGAAAUACAGAAGCAUAAUGAUGGCCUCAUCAAUAACUGUUGGUGAUGUUUCCUGAUUGGUCAGCUGGCAUCACGUGAUCUCAGUACCACUGCCGUGACUCUUACAUUCGCUUUGUACAAACACUGGGCAAUAAAAUGGCUCUUCAUUUUGAUACUUUAUUUAAAUACAACUAGUGACGUAAAAUAAUGAUAUAAAGAAUAAGAGAAAUUUCAUGAGAAAAACUAAGUUAGGAUCGAUGAUUUGGGAUCUGCGAGAUAUGAUCGUGCUUUUGUUAUCAACAUUUUCAAGUUUGCAUUGUAAACGGAUAGAUUUAUGGAGUGUAUUCGUACGCCUACAUUUUAUUUGUUGGACCCAUUCUUCUUCUGCAUUUUAUCAUUGAUUUGUUCUAUUUAGUGCACAAAGAAUGUAAAACGUAAAAGUGCUUCUCAUGAAUAUUUCUUCUCUAGAUGCUUGUUUUUUUACGAUCGAGUGAUUUUAUAGUAGCCUAAACAUAUUUGAAAAAAUGAAGUGUUUUAGAUACAUAUUAUGAUAUGCAUAAUACGUAUGAGCUUACUAUGUCAUUACCAUCGAUAUAUAGAUCAGUUUUCAUCACCUACUCAUUUAUAUGCGUGCAUAAAUUUUUAUUGUUAUGUAUUGCUUCGUAAAUGAUUCACUGAAUUGCCCGAUUAUGCCUAAGCCAAUUAUUGAAAUCAAGUUUAUCUUGGGAUAGGCGCCAUCUACAAAUUAUAUGUACGCCAUAAAAGGGUUUUUUUACCGACUUUUGUAAACGACAAGCAUGGCAAUGUCGUUUUUGUAUAUUUUCUUCAUUUUCCUUUGGAAACUUGUGUGUUUGCUGUUUGGAAUAACCGAAAAUAACUCUCGGAAUAUCCAUGGAGCCAGCAAAAGACAUUCUUCACUUCGACCUGAUCUUCCGGUACUUUCGGAGACGGGGAUUUUCCGAGAUUCCCUGAGAAAAAUAGUGUCUUUGAGUUAUAUUGGAAAAAACAAUUGUUGUCCUAUCCAGAACGGAUAAGCACCGGAAUGCAUACAUACAUACUCUACCAUGAAAAUUGAUUUAAAUGAUUGGAUUUAAAGCAACGCAAUGUACAUCAACAGAUGUUUGAAGAUGAUUUUAGUGGUAUCAUGCUCCUAUAGCACGUCCAUGGUUAGACGUGGGUUGACGAACUGAGUAGAAACCACUUUCGUUUAUUAUUUAUCGAGAUUACUUUUGUGGCUGGAGAAAAAGUGCGCAUUCUUGCUAUAAAUUAUCUUUGCUUUUGCAGGGAUUUAGAUUUUGUGACAGCAAUAUUUUGAUUGAAUUAUUAUGCACUAUGUAACUAUAUUGUUGCUAUUCCGAUGUGUACAUAUAUUUCAUAGUUCUUUUCUUAGCGUGUAUGGCUAAUGUAUGAUUUAUUAUUAUAAGCAACGAAUAUUUUGAAUGCUUUGUUAGUCUUGAUAAUAUUUUUGAUUAUGAAAUUUUUGCAAUCAAUUUCAAGUGAAUUCGAGUUGAAUUCGUGUAGGUUUUCCUCCUUUUUUUGUUCGAAUUUCUCAAUACAUUAAAGUGAGACAUGGGUUUGUUUUUAGAUUUUUUUAUACUUGAAAUUACGGAGAGCGAAUUUGGCUUUGAAAUGUCUAAAUAUUGUGACCUUUCUAUAAGUAUUCCAAAUGUAGGUAAAACAAUGCAUUGAUUUUAGCUAUAUUGUGAAUAUAUAUCCAUCGUGUUCCAAGCUUCAUUUAAAGUAAUGUGAUUUUUUUGUCAUUGCACAAAUACUAUUUUCAGUUCAGUAACUUAAUGGUUUUGUUUCUAUUUCAAUGUAAUCUAUUGACUGCAACUAUUGAGCUACAGGGCGGAUCUGGGAAAUCGUUAAACAGGGCGUACACAAUAUCUGUACAAAUAGGGAUAUACCGAAAAAUAAUUGCUUACAGUAAAAUUGCUUAUGCUGCUACUACAAUUGUUUGACAAACCCACUUUGGUGUGUCAUAAUCCCCCAUGCAUUCGUUCAUAAAGUUAUUCAUACAUUUACGAACAUGUUCGUAAGAGUCAACGGCGAAUCCAGGGGACCAAGAGUGUCGGGGCCCACCGCCCCUGGAAGAUCCGCCAAUGCAUAUAAUAAGACAAGGCACCGGCCCACCGCCCUGGAACGAUGAUGCCUUCUUUUCUCUUGUCAGAAUGUUUUUCCUGCCCCAGCUCCCCCUCAUGAGCCCCUGCAUGUAUGUGCGAUCCUGAUCCACCGCAGACUAAAUGAACAACGCUAAUUUCAACCACAAGACACAUUGCUUGCACUAUAAAGGAUAUUAUAUAUAUAUAUAUUUCGAAAUUUUACAGAAUUUGGUAGCUCAGUUUCAAAUCUGAACAGAUAAAAUAAAAAUCAAUCUAUAGAUUUUAUAAUAAUUAUGAAGUGAAACGAAUAUUAUGAUGAACUAAGAAACACCACGCCUUUGAAAAUAUUAAUACAUUUUUAAGGGAGUUAUAAAAACACUUGAAAUCUAACGGCGGGAGAUAAUGUAAACAAUAUACAGUGCGCAUUCAACAAUACAUAUUGUGAAAAGCUGUCAAAAUCAUGAAUUAUUUUAAUUAUAGUUGAAUGACAGUCCAACAAGGCAAGGUUGGGUUUAUGCUUGAGCGAAUUCUUAGUUUGGUCCAGGCAAUCAAAAAUGGCUUGCGCCAAAAUGAAAGAAAUCAAUAAAGAGAAAGCAACAGUACCCCUAAUCAAAGGAUCUUUUUUCUUCAAAAGUAUAUUGAUUUAAGAUAGUUUUGUACUAUAAUUUCAGUUAUUAUUAUGUAUGAUUGAUAAAUAUUCAUACAUAAUUACUUUUCUUAUUAGUUUGAACUUUACCAUAUAUUUUAUUCAAUCUUUGAUAAAGAAAAGUUGUUACAUAAAAGCAAAUAUAUUAUAACUAUAAUGAUAAUUGACGCAUAAUCACAACAUAAUCAUAAACGAUUACUAAAAGCACGUCAUUUUAUUUGGAGUACCCAAAGCACUGCUGCCUUCAUUGCAGAAUUCUUCAUUUUCAAUUCGUAAAGCUAUUUUUGAUACUCUGGACCAAGAUUGUAGGCGUUCGCUCAAGCUUGACGUUUGUCUUUUGAUGUUUCUCUAUAAAAGAGACUAAGCAUCUGUCAAUACCAGAUUUUACCCGAGAGUGAAAUAUUUUUACACUCAACGUAUCAUCAAAACUAUGUCAUAAUGUUAUUAUGAUUUCUUUUUUCAGCAUUCUGCAGCUUUUUAAUAUUCGCUAAAACAUUGUUUUGUGUGAAUUUGCCAGUUUCUUUUUUAGUACAGCGGCACCACCAGUCAGAAAUAGAUUUUUACUGUAUGAUUGUGAAAGGAAAUUUCGGAAUUAAGAUUUUUUUAAAGUUAUUUUGAAAUUUGGGGCAGUGCAAAGGCGAAUAUAAUAUACUACAGCAAUACAAACGAAUAUGACUUUUUUUUAUUCACGUAUUUCGUCUGGACUAGUUUAGCAAUAUUCAUAAUCGUGUUUCAAAUUUCAUGGUUGUUCUCACUUGUCCUAUUUUCUCCUUAUAAAGAACCCUCCCUCUCUCCCCCUCUCUGCCUCCCCCCGCCUCUCUCUCUCUCUCUCUCUCUCUCUCUCUCUGCCCCCCCCCCCUCUCUCUCAUCACUCUAUGUCAUGUUUUUCUCUUGUUUAGCCCGAGGACUCUUUCGAAAGUGUUUAUCAUUUACCAUUGCUAAUUCUUAUUUGAAAUUUGAACCAUUGUCCUCUCUAUAUAGUUAAAAUAUAUUCUGUUUAGUUAUGUAGACCUAUUCCGAUUUUAGUUAUUGUAUAUUUCUGCGUAUUCACAUUCAUUUGAGAGAUAUGACACUGAUUUACUUUAUAAAGAUGAACAUAAUGUUGACUGUACUAUAAUUUUAGGGUAUAUUCAUGUAUAUAUUUCUUGCGGAUUGUAAUUUACAUUAUAUAUAAAUCUACCUAAGUUUUCUUGCAGUAAUGAUUUUGAAAAUGUAUAUGAAAAUUUAUCUAAUAUAUUGGUAUAAUGUGUUUUGAAUUGAAUGUCGUAUAGUAUAAUCAUAGGGAUAUAUUUGUAUCACACAUAGCGCUCUUUCAAUGUUAUGUAGUAACCAAGAAAGAAACAAAUUCUCUUUAUAUGAAUGUCUAAUCAAUUUCAGACAACUUGUAUGAAACGAUAUACAAGGUGCUUAAGAUCGCGGGUAUCAUAUUAAACUUUAUCAUAUUCAAUAAAAAUAAUGUUCCCUCUUCGAA